AUGGGCUGUGGAUCCAGUUUACACCCAUUCUCCCCAUCCAUUGGCACUACUUAUCGAAUAUGGAGCCCAGUAAGCAAAAAAGGUGACGGUGUUAUGAAGAGGCAUCCCACUGAAAACAAAUUGUUUUGCGAUGGAACUUUUAAGGAGCCUGAUGAUAACAGUAAGUAUACUGUUAUGUUAUUUCAUGGCAUAAACGGGUCGACAGGGUAACCAGCGAUAAAUCAUUUCCUCUAAACGAGAUUAGACUAGAUUAUGAUACUCUGUAAGACAGCAUUUAUCUAUUAAGUGCCGCUCCCGCUAAGAGCGGUCCUCUCGACUUCCCGUCGGAAAAAAGUUUUCUUUUAGUUUUUGCCCAUGAAAAGGGUUUAGGACACAUGUUUCAAAAAUAGUUUAGUUGUUCUCAAGUUCUCUUCUUUUGCGUCGCCACAAGCCAAAAUGGCCAGACCACUCCUGUGAACAGCGAUCGAAAGUGUAAAUUUCAAAGAUUUUGUCCAGCGCGCAGCGACUGCAACAAUGUAGCUCACGGAAUUCUAUCUUGCUACAAGUUACAAGGUGUAUUCAGUUAGUUCACAGACAAAAUAUGGAAACUUCAGCUGAAAUAUUUUUCAUACCAGCGUGAUCAGAGGAGACCCUUCUCUUCGACCUUAAUUUGCAUAUCAAAAAUUCACUACUUUGUACGAAAGAAUUCUCAAAAUGCAGGCGUUAAUCGGGCUGAAAAAGCAUAUCUGUGCAUAGUUUAUACACCAAUGAGGUCACAGAUUGCCUCAAACCCGCGGGUAUAUCUCUAGCUUCCAUCCACCAACUUCUUAAAAACAACGCAAAUCCAUGUGUUUGCUCAAUUGCGCUCGUGUCAAAGAUCAUUUGCAUGACUCUUGGAAUAGACCAAGAUCUCCUUUUGACAGUUCAAACUUCGUUCGUUUAUCUUCUACGUUGAGGAUUUUAGGUUUUCACAGCAACUGAGUGGAGAUUAGAUGCCGAAUUGUCAUAAAACGUUGCGUAAACGUGAUUGGUCGUAACGCUUGCGCGCUUGCGUGACUUACAAAGUAGACAUAUGUGAUCGGAAGGCGCCUUCUCGAUAAUUUACGUUGAAAUAUCAGGUCAUGAACUAUGCACAGUGUGAAGAAGGUCAAAAUUAAAAAAAUAAAAUUUGGCACUCUGGUCAUAACAGACAUAUUGCACUGCUUAAAAGGACACACAAACAAGUUAAAAUAGGUUGCAGUGUUUAUAUUUACAAAACAACACGUAUACACUCCGAAACAAUUCUUGCAGUUUCUCCCGAGAUUUAGUAUACGGAACCAGAUGAACUAACCCUCCUUUCUGCAAAUUUUUUUCCGUCAUUAAUGAUGUUACGCUCUUAUGGACUAGAACGGUUUUGAGCGACAAACUCGACAUUUCCCUGCGACCAUCAAAAUCAACUGGACAAACCCAGCUUGAUGUAUUGCGUGACGUGAUUGUGCAAACUUUUCUCUUUGUCAUACGACCUGUUUCGCAGGUUCUAUGAGUUAGAACCAAAAUUAGUUAAUGUAACGAAUUAAAAUCGAACUUUAUUUAAAUGGUUAGUGAGAAUUUUAUCGUUUAAAUGUUUACUUGAUUCACGGAAAGCAAAGAUUGGAGUGGCUUUGGACACUGGAAAUGUAGUAAAAGUAUUUUUUAGCAUCAAGAAUAAAAAGAAGAACGUGAGGCAGUGAAAGGAGACUGAGUUUUCAACGCCAUUUGUCGUAAAAGCUGCCACCAGCUUGUUAUUGAACUCACUAAAAUUUACCUGGAAGGUAUUAACUUUCUUUUGUCGCGAAACUCGUGGAUUUUAAAACUUUGAAACGACGUCCGAUGAAUCCUGAAACUGGAGUUUGAUUCCAUUGGUAAACUAUGCUAGCUGGUCUCAUGAGCAGAUCAAGCUCUAACGAAAUUUGACAGUUUUAAAGUUUUAAGCGGAUGCAAAAAUCGAGACAAAAAUUCGUCAUGGCACAAUUUGUCCUUUGAUUUUGUCAAGAGAAUUCUGGUUUUGUCUGCCAUUGCAUAUAGCCCAGAUAGGCACUUACGAACCAAUUUUUAGUUAAAUAAUAGCCUUCACUCUCGAGAAAUUGCAAAUUUAUUACCCAUGUGAUCCGACUACAACUUAAAUUCCGAAAACUUCAAAAACAUCUCCAGUCAGUCUGGCUUUCUUUUACUGCCUCACAUUUUCCCUUGUGCUAUGGCUGUUAACAAGUACCUCCAUCGCAUUUCUAAUGUUUCUUAAAGUGUUCAGAUGUUUAGAAAAUACCAAUAACUGUUAUUUUUUUCCAUAUCGUAGUCAAACUGACCGGAACGAAACAAAAUUAACUUGUAAUCGAGGAUUUCGCUGGAUAGCUGAUAGUACUUCAAAUAACUCGAUACGUCGUCCCGGGGUGUCCUAGCGGAUUUGGACCCCGCUAGAUUUGGACCCCCGGUCCAAAUCCGCUGGCGAAUAUGGACCCCCGGUCCAAAUCCGCUAGGGAAUAUGGACCCCCCCAGUCCAAAUCCGCUAGUGGAUUUGUACCCCCAAACAAAACUGAGUGAAAACAUCAUCCUUAACGUUCUAGUAAAAAUGGAUGAUAAUUUACGUUCCAGUGCUUACUAAAGUAUGUUUUUAAUUCAAAACAUGCGUAUCGUUAAUCCAUACGAACUGGCAUCCCGUCGGAUGUUUCUUUUGACCGAGGGAAAAUGGGCAAGAAUUUAGUUUAAUGUCUGGAGAGAGGUCGUUUUUGAACCUUUUCCGCGCUAGUCGAACACCACUAGAUUCAAAAAGAGACAAACUUGUGACACUAAUUUAUUUUGUCAUUGUUCAAUGCCCGAGUGUUGGGACGACAUGGUACAGUGCGAGUUGUGCGAGGAAAGGUUAUACAUGAGCUGCGAGAGAUUUAGGACUGCCCCGGAGGGCGAGUGGCUCUGCAUUGUCUGCAGAUUGCCCGACUCUAGACGUCUUCGUAAUUGUUAAGGUGUUAUUUCGGAUCCCUCAACAGUUAAUAAUCGUUAAAAUUAGAAAAUAAGAUUGAGUUCGAUGUAAUAGUCUCCACUUUUGUUAAGACGUUGACAGUAAUGUUGAUUUGCAUCUGAAAAUAAGCUGAGAGUUCCAAUAGUUCAGAAUAGAAACAUUUUACUUAUCAUAGGCUUUACGAACGACUUGUAAUACGAGUAGUUUCUUCGUUCUUGUUCAAAAACUGUUUAAUGUUAUUAUUUUAGAAAAUCAGACUGAGUUAUUUUUGUGACUGGACGCAAUAGUCUCCACUAUUGUUAUGACGUUUCGUACCAAUGUUGAUUCGCAUCAGAAGAAGCAAAGAUUUAUUGUAACAAUUUCAAUAGUUCGAAUUACAGUAGUUUGUUCACAUCUAAUUCUUGCGUAUACUGUACAACUCGUUACAAUGAAUGCGGUAGAAUUGCAACGAAAUGGCUGGUCUUUUUAACUCGUGAGUUGCGCGCAUGCGCAGGAGCGAGUUGUAAAUACGAUGUGGAGAAUGGCAUUCACUCGCUCGCUCGCUCGCUCGAUUGUUUGAUUCCUGUAAACUUUUUUUCGGUUUUAGGCUUUUGAGUGCAUUUGAUAGUUUUUGGCGAGCAAUAAACAAACGAAAUGGCGACCUUUGUUGCUAAGAAUUAUGGUGGGGUGAAAAAGAAGCCAAUGAUAAUCUUAAAAGAGUUUUUAUUUUCGUUUAGUUUCAACAAGCGGCGCCAGCGACAGGCAGGCAUGCAAGGAUUCACACUGAAAUAACAGAACAACCUUCGUUUUUCAUAAAAUUGUAAUUUACAAUUCUUGAACUUGAAAACAAUCCGAAGAUUCAUUGAAAAUAUCACUUACUGCGAAGUGCUCUGAGUUUACAGAUGUUCAAAAGCUUUUUCUGUUAUGGCGUGAGAUUGAGCACAAAAUCGAUCAUUACGUUUCGUAUCGUGUGUUUUUGGUUUCAAUUUGUAGAACCCGCGAAACAGGCCAUAUGGCAAGGGGAAAAAUUUGCACAAUCACGUCACGCAAUAUAUCAAGCUGGGUUUGUCCAGUUGAUUUUGAUGGUCGCAGGGAAAUGUCGAGUUUGUCGCUCAAAACCGUUGUGGUCCAUGAGAGCGUAACAUCAUAAGUGAUGGAAACAAAUCAGCGGAAAGGAGGGUUAGUUCAUGGGGUUCCGUAUACUAAAUCUCGGGAGAAACUGCAAGAAUUAUUUCAGUGUAUGCGUGAUGUUUUGUAAAUAUACACUGCAACCUAUUUUAACUUGUUUUUGUGUCCUUUUAAGCAGCGCGAUAUGUCUGUUAUGACCAGAGUGCCAAAUUUUAUUCUUUAAUUUUGAUCUUCUCCACACUGUGCAUAGUUCAUGACCUGAUAUUUCAACGGAAAUUAUCGAGAAGGCGCCUUCCGAUCACCUUUGUCUUCUUUGUAAGUCACGCAAGCGCGCAAGCGUUACAACCGAUCACGUUUACGCAACGUUUUAGGACAACUCGGCAUCUAAUCUCCACUCAGUUGCUGUGAAAACCUAAAAUCCUCAACGAAGAAGAUAAACGAACGAAGUUUGAACUGUCAAAAGGAGAUCUUGGUCUAUUCCAAGAGUCAUGCAAAUGAUCUUUGACACGAGCGCAAUCGAGCAAACACAUGGAUUUGCUUUGUUUUUAAGAAGUUGGUGGAUGGAAGCUAGAGAUAUACCCGCGGGUUUGAGGCAUCUGUGACCUCAUUGGUGUAUAAACUAUGCACAGAUAUGCUUUUUCAGCCCGAUUAACGCCUGCAUUUUGAGAAUUCUUUCGUACAAAGUAGUGAAUUUUUGAUAUGCAAAUUAAGGUCGAAGAGAAGGGUCUCCUCUGAUCAGGCUGGUAUGAAAAAUAUUUCAGUUGAAGUUUCCAUAUUUUGUCUGUGAACUAACUGAAUACACCUUGUAACUUGUAGAAAGAUAGAAUUCCGUGAGCUACAUUGUUGCAGUCGCUGCGCGCUGGAAAAAAUCUUUGAAAUUUACACUUUCGAUCGCUGUUCACAGGGGUGGUCUAGCCAAAAAUCAUUUUUGGCUUGUGGCAACGCAAAAAAAGAGAAUUGGAGAACAACUAAAAUAUUUUUAAAACAUGUGUCCUAAACCCUUCUCGUGGGAAAAAAAUAAAAGGAAACUUUUUUCCGACGGGAAGUCGAGAGGACCGCUCUUAGCGAGAGUGGCACUUAAGAGGACUUUCAUUUAGACCGAUGGUCGCCCUCGUUGUUGUUUCCCGCCGAACUUUAAAAGUUUCACUUUCCUACAUUUUUAUCAUAGCUACUAUGACAACCGAGGUUAAACCGCAGGGGACUAACAAUCCCCAUUGUUUUGCCCUCUUAUUCAAAGACAAAGAUAAAUAAUACGCAUUGAAACGUAAUGGAGAAGGAAAAGAAAUCCCAACCGAGGUAAGGAACUGCAUCAUUUUCCUAAUCUAAGGCUUAUUCAUUCAUUUGUUAAUCAAUUCUGUCAUUCAUCUAUUUAUUCCUAAGCCCGUUUACCUCGUAAUCCAUUGUUUCAUUUGCUUAUACACUCGUUAAUCAGCUCUUAAUUUUAUUCUUUAGUUCUGCAUUUCCUCCAUUUCCAGUUGUUCUCUUUGUUUAUCUUAUUUACAGUUGCCACUUAAUUAUCCAUUAAAUCUUUGUGUUUGAGGCCACUGAGGCAAAAAGUUUCUUUUAAUUGAUUUCAAAAGCCUUAUAAACAAUCGUUUGGGUAGGUUCAACAAUCUAACGUUAAGGUGAAUUAUAUAUACUUUUACUUUACCAUUUUUGCAAUAAGAGACUAUAAUUUAUAUAAUACCUGUAAUUAAAGUGAUGGUUAUCAUCCCUAAUUCAACGCUACAUUCAGUUUUUAAGGAAAAAGAUAAGAUUCAUGACAAGAGCAAUGUUUUUGAGUUCAAGAGCUGCUGUGGCUUCAAGAUGCUCAAACUCUUUGAAGAGAAACUCUACUUGGGAUGUGACCACACUGGCGAAGUAACUCUGAUUGAAAAUUCUGAUCCUUUGUCCCCGAACCCUCAAACUCUUUUCAUGCUCUACAAAGUUGGUUAA